AAUGUUCGGUACCAAAAGUGUCCAGCUGACUAGUUUGUGACGGAGGUGAAACUUUGACUUGUGUCUCGCAAACCAGAUUGCUAGUUAGUUAGCUAGUUAGCAAACUAGCUAGUUCCCGAGGAUAGGUAUGAGACACGAGGCUCUAGAGAGCUGUCAAAAAGAUCCUAAAUACAGUUGCAUCUAAAACGAAGCAAAUCUAACUCAGAUGGAAGGAACCUAAAAAAUAAAGUCAGAGCUAAAAGGACCAACUUUCACAUGAUGAGAGCGGACCCUUAGGACCCACCAUGGGUGGACACAGUAUGCAGGUGAAAGCUCAGCCGACUGCAGCCGGAGGCGGAGCAGCUGAGGUGCCAGGUUGUGGUCCGGUUACCUGGGACAAAAGUGGAGGAGUAACCAUAACGGUGCAUGCAAAGCCCGGUUCUAAACAUAGCGCCAUCACAGACGUUUCCACGGAGACGGUGGCUGUUUCUAUUGCAGCACCACCUACAGACGGAGAAGCAAACACUGAACUCAUCCGGUACCUGGCAGAAGUUCUGGGUCUGAAGAAGAGUCAUCUUUCUCUUGAAAAGGGCUCCAGAUCCAGAGACAAGCUCAUCAGAGUGGGCUCCUCUCUUAGCCCAGAGGACGUUCUGAGAAGGCUCCAGCAGGCUGCAGGUUGACCGAGGAGGAGGAACCUGAGAGGAUGGACAAACUGGAUCAGGAUCCUUUUUUUCCCCCCGUGUCUGUUCCUGAUUUUCCGAGUGAUGGAGAAGAAGACGGAAACUCGAAGAGACAGGUCCAGACGUCUUACACGAUCUGCUCUGGUUAUCUGGUUAAAGUAACUAACAGGAACGUUGCUAAGCUGAGUCAAAUUCUGUCCCGCUCUGAACUUGAGACUUCAACUCCUCACGCUUAGACUACUGUAACCCUCUUUUCACGUGUCUGAGCAGAACCUCCCUGAACCGUCUACGGGUGGUUCAGAACACCUGUGCUCGGCUUCUCACCAAGUCCUCCAAACACACCCACAUCACCCCGCUUCUCCUCCUGUUGCUCUUUCUGUCAGUUCUGUCUUUCUUAAAAUCCUGUUAUUACCGUUUCUUUAUUCUUCCUUCAUAUUUUUAAUCUAAAUUUUAACUUUUCCCCAUUUUUAUUACAAUAUGAAAUAUAUUCUUUGUUUGAAUUUUUGGUUCUUGUGAAGCACCUUGUUGUUUUUAUCUGGAGAGGCACCAUCUAAAAAAUAGUUUCUUCUUCUACAAUCACAUCCCUUCAUAAAUCAGCUGUGGUUCUGAUCUGAAUCUAUGGUUUUGGAACCGGGUCACUACCAGAACCAUGUCGGUGUGACCGCAAACCACCAGGAGCUGUUCUGAGGGGACGUCUGUAGAAUAAACGACUUCCCUACUGAGGUCCUGGUCCGGUUCCUUGUGGCGAACCAAACCAAACUCAUUUCAGUUUUUUUUCUGUUCCAAUGAAAUUUAUAAAAGUUUAUAUUAAACAUGUUUUUUUCA